UUCUGGCUCAACCUCGCCGGCUUCCUUGGAGGCGACUGGGAAUUCCAUGCGUCAUCGUCCUUGGACCUUUUGGGAAUGGUCCCUGUGUUCGGCUUCUGCCUGAGGUCUUGGAUCAAUUCCACGUUCUGGCGCAGAGGCGCCAUCACCUCUGUUAUGGCCCCCAUCAGCUCCAUAAAGCCGCGACGGAUCUCCUCCUGCAGCGUCUUACUCAGGGUAUCUGCCAUGCUGCCUCUCCACGUCUCCUGUGCUUGCGCUAUGGCGACAUUUACUCCUGAGAGAAUCUCGGAGGGCUGUCGUCUCCACGCCCCUCAGCGCCCUGUGUGUCACCGCCUUGCAUCUGUCCUUGGAGGUUACCUGGUGGAGGAGUCCUGCGGGUCAUUUUCUGUUUAGACCGCAAGUUGUACGCGCUCAU